UUUUUUUUUUUUUUUUUUUUUUUUGUAUAAAAACCAUGAAAUGAAUAAUAGUGGAUUCACACCUACCAGCAAGUCGUCUUGUUUAUUUCCACCGUUGAACGAAAGCAACAGUUCGGAUAACCGUUUAUUGUGGAACCCCAAUGGGUUUGGGAUGAAUGAAUCAGAAUCGUCAGGCUCACCGCCUAAUACAGAAUAUUCUGCCAUGUACACUGCACCUGAAAAAGCGGCAGAGGACUCUACAGCAUUUAAUAUAUCCUGGGGUGGUGACGAUAAACCACCUACAGAGCUUCACCCAGAGGAAACAGAACAACUUCCCAAACUAUCCCGACCUUUACCCAAACCACGUGGUAUUCGAAAGUUACCUGAACCAGAACCAUCGGAAGACGGUACAAUCGACGAAUAUACAUUAAAGAGAAGAAAGAACACGGAUGCCGCAAGGAGGUCUCGUAUGAAAAAAUUUAUGAAGGUAGACCAGUUGGAAAGCAGAGUCACCAAUUUGCAGGCAGAAAAUGCAAAACUGACACUCAAUAAUGCUGUAUUGGAAGCUGAAAAGAGAAGCUUGAACGCAAAAGAAAAUGAAUAUAAAAAACGAAUCAAGUAUUUGGAAGAUGUCAUGAAAUGUAACGGAUGGGAUUUCGUCACAGAUAACAGUCAAUGGUAGUAAAAAAAAAAGUAAAUAAAGGUUUAUAAAAAAAAAAA